GAACCACCAUUCGCAACUUGCUGGUGCCUGUCAGCUACACUGCCUGUCAGCUACACUAAGUCCGGCUCGCUGUACUUGAUCUUUCUUCCGCUUAUGAGCCUCCCAUCGUCUUAACAUGUAGUGGACGACGGUAUUGCCACUGCAUAUCAAGCGCAACGGUUUUUGUAACAAAAACGCGGGAAGACAGCCGCGAACUCAUCACACACUUCAGAAAUUGGCCCGCGCUCGUUCACAAUAUCAAACAUCGCCAGGGCAUCGUAUCGGCGGCGCGAUCUCCCGGACCUCGAAUCCGUCCGCAUCCAGUCUGGUGCAUCUUGUGGAUCCCGACCUUGCAUCUGCGAGCUUGCCAUUUCACAGUGUUGGCCCUGCCGACUCCUGCGGUGCAACACCGGCCCGGCAUCCACCACGAGCCGCAGAAUGGCCAACACAGGGCACCCAUCGCCGGAUGGCAUAUCCGACAGCGAGUUUCAGAGCUUCCUCGAGAAGUAUCCUGCGUGCAUCGCGGCGAUAUCCGAGUCGAAAGGAGCCAAAGCUGGCCAGAGAACGUUGUCCGAUCUUGAUCAGUAUCGCUACGAGACGGCGCCCGAGACUUUUGGUUCCGCGAAUCCGGACGCGUCCAUGGGCCUUGACGACGCCAAAAUCCUUGUCGAGUGGAAACUUCGACACGGGAAGUUUAGGCCCACCUUGAUGAAACUGGUAUCGUCAAACGAUCCAGUUUGUGUCAAGGAUACCAUUCAGAAGGCUGUGAAGCACUACCGGGACACGUCGGACGUAGCCGGCGCCCUCGACAUCCUAACCCAGCUCAGAGGCAUCGGCCCGGCCACGGCAUCUCUGCUGCUGGCGGUGCACGACUCUGCGAACAUCUUGUUCUUCUCUGACGAGGCCUUCUACUGGCUCUGUUGCAACGGGUCAAAAGGCCCCAUCAAGUACAAUGAGAAGGAGUAUGCAGAGCUGAAUGCGCGGGCAAAGGCACUGGUGAAGCGCCUCGGGGUGGAAGCGGUCGACAUCGAGCGUGUGGCAUUCGUUCUGAUGAGGCAGCCCGCUGCGAGUGCGAGCACGCCGCCAACCGGAUCACCGGCCGCGGCCACGGGUAAGAAGCAACCAGCGAAGAGGAAGAAGGCUUCGGAUGAUGCGCCCGCUGUCGAGCCACCUGGAAGCAAGUUUAAGCGCGGGAUGCCUCCUCUGGUAUCGCCGAGUACGGUCGAUACAGAAUCCCGGGCAAAGAGGGCUGAAAUGCAACCCUUUGCUUGUUCCGGCCCUAUUCAGCUCACACCCAGGUUCACUGCUCUCAAGGAGAGCUUGACAGCCGGGAAAGAACAGGUGCUCAGUUCCUCCUGGCAGCGUCUUCUGCGAGACCUUGCCACCGAGAUUGAUCUGCUAUCCUCUCAAGGGUCACAAGUCAUACCCACUAUCAGCUUCGCGGACACCGCGAGGCCCAAGCUAGCAGAACCGUUUCUGCAACAUCUCCGGAAAAGAGGCGUGGGAAUCGUACGAAACGUUGUCUCAAGGGACACUGCCCUGUCUUGGGGCCGAGAGGCAGAGGAAUACAUGAAGCAGGCCCGAGAAGCUCCGACCCCGCACGCCCAGUCACCGGGCGUGUAUUGGAGCGCCGCUCAGGUCACAGCCCGAGCUCAUCCGAACGUCCUAGCAGCGCAAAGAUUUGUGAUGAGCAUAUGGAAGUCGAGAGACCCCAAUGCCAGAGUCACCACAGGUUUCCCCAUCGCGUACGCAGACCGGACGAGGGCACGUGUGAGGAGCGGUGCCACCAGCGGUGCCAGGGGUGCCACUCACGCACGCGUCGACGGCGGGAGCGUUGAGAGGUGGGAGCCGGACGGAUACGGCAGGGCCGGGACAUACCAGGACAUAUUUCAGGGGCGAUGGGAGGACUACGAUCCGUGGGAGAGCAGUACCCGUCUCGGCGUAACCAGCGACCUCUACCACAAAGCUGGCGCCUGCUCCAUCUUCCGGAUGUUCCAGGGCUGGCUCGCACUGGACGACAUCCCCUCCGGCCGGGGCUCAGUCCAAGUCUGCCCUCUCCCACGCCUCGCAACAGCUUACUUCCUGCUCCGCCCGUUCCUCUCCCCUUCACCAUCGCCGUCGACUAAUACCGCAACAACGCUCGGAUCAAGAUCAGAAUCCGAACCAAACAACUCCAAGAACAAGAACAAGAACAAGGACGAAUGGGUUUUCGACAGGCCCCAAACCAGCAUCCUCCACGGCGCCCUGCCCAGCUACGCACAACAGAUCAGCCCAGCCCUCCACCCACACCUGCAGCUUAACCGCAGCCUAGUACCGGUGCCUGAUCUACAGCCGGGGGACUACCUGGUCUGGCACCCGGACCUGAUCCAUGCCAUCUCAGAUGAUGAUGAAGAUGAAGAAGAAGAAGAAGAAGAGGAGGAGGAGGAGGAGGAGCAGGAGCCGCUCAAAGACAGCACGAGACCGGCAUACAUGUACCUCCCCGCGUGCCCGCUGACACAGACGAACGCGCUGUAUCUGGCCCGGCAGCGCAAGGCCUUUCUGCUGGGCUACCCGGGGCCAGACUUCUCAGGGGUUAGCCGGUGCGGCGCAGAGAGCGAGCACGUGGGCAGGCCCGGCGUGCAGGAGGUGAACGACGCCGGCGGGGACGAGGCGCUCCGGGCGAUGGGGCUGCUGCCGUGGGACGAGGAGGAGGCGGAUUCCGACCGGGAGAGGGAGGUAUUGGCUAUGGCGAACGGGAUUCUGUUUCCUGAUUUGUAUGAUAUGUUGUAAAGAACUACUAGAAGGAAUCGCGGUACCUUAUGGGGAGGAAGGUGAAUGUUGAGGUGUUUAGACGGGUACAAUGGGCGUUGCUUAUAGAAGAGUAUUUCCCUUACCUAGACAUAGCCAUGGGGAGGGUUGCGACGCUUGAGUCACGAGAUCGUUUACCCACUUACACACACGUGUUUCUUUUCUUAGAUCGGUUUAGACUUAAUGCCACGGAGUUUCAG